GGUGCGCGGUGGAGGCUGGGUGGGACCGUGGCGCCGUGGGAGCCCCGGGACAGUAUCCGCCGUGUGCGGGCGGGACGCGGGCCCGCGUGGCCGCGAUGCGGGCUGCGAGCCAGGGGCGGCCGGUGCGGCGCGCCGCGGGGAAGGUGUGUCGCGGCGUGGGCGGGGGUGGGGGGGGUGGUGAGCGUGCGACGCCCGCCCCCGCCCCGCCCGGAGGCCGGGCAGGUGUGGGCGGGCCGCCCGGACCCCGCCGAGCCGGGGCCGGGAGCGCCGGCGGGAAACAGGAAGCGGGGGGGAGGCGCGCGGCCGGAGGGCCGGGAGGCAGGGCGUGCGGGCGGACGUGCGGGUGGCUGGCGGGCCGGACGCUCGGGCCCGGGCCGGGGCGGCGAUGUGGGGGGGCCCGGGCAGCCCCGGCGGCCGCGGGGACGGGGGCGGGGCCCGGGGCGCCGCGGACGCCGCCCCCCUGCGCCGGCGGAGCCGCCGCCCGAGCGCGGAGCCGGGAGCCCGAGGCGGCUGCGGCGUGCGGGACCCCGAGGACGCGGCCAUGCCGGGCGGGGCCGAGGCUGGCGAGGCGGAGGACGAGGCCGGGGCCGGCUCGGGGUCCGAGGCGGAGGAGGACGCUCUGUGGGAGCGGAUCGAGGGCGUCCGGCACCGGCUGACCCGCGCCCUCAACCCGGCCAAGCUGACGCCGUAUCUGCGCCAGUGCCGGGUCAUCGACGAGCAGGACGAGGAGGAGGUGCUGAGCACCUACCGCUUCCCGUGCCGCGUCAACCGCACCGGGCGCCUGAUGGACAUCUUGCGCUGCCGCGGCAAGAGGGGAUAUGAGGCCUUUCUGGAAGCCUUGGAGUUCUAUUACCCCGAGCACUUCACGCUGCUCACGGGCCGGGAACCUGCCCAGCGCUGCUCCAUGAUCCUCGAUGAGGAGGGGCCCGAGGGCCUGACCCAGUUCCUGAUGACGGAGGUGCGACGGCUGCGGGAGGCUCGCAAGAGCCAGCUGCAGCGGGAACAGCAACUGCAAGCUCGGGGUCGGAUGCUGGAGGAGGAGCGGGCAGGACUGGAGCAGCGGCUGCGGGAGCAACAGCAGGCACAGGAGCGCUGCCAGCGGCUGCGGGAGGACUGGGAGGCGGGCAGCCUGGAGCUGCUGCGGCUCAAGGACGAGAACUACAUGAUCGCCAUGCGCCUGGCACAGCUCAGCGAGGAGAAGAACUCAGCCGUGCUGCGCAGCCGUGACUUGCAGCUGGCGGUGGAUCAGCUCAAGCUCAAGGUGAGCCGGCUGGAGGAGGAGUGCACCCUAUUGCGGAGGGCCAGGGGGCCGCUCCCCGGGUCCGAGGACAAGGAGAAGGACAAGGAGCCAGACGGUGUGGACCUGGUCUCGGAGCUGCGUGCGGAAAACCAGCGACUGACGGCGUCGCUCCAGGAGCUCCAGGAGGGUCUGCCGCAGGAGGCCAGCAGGCUGGGGGCCCCAGGCUCGGAGCGCAUCCUCCUGGACAUCCUGGAGCAUGACUGGCGGGAGGCACAGGACAGCAGGCAGGAGCUGUGUCAGAAGCUGCACGCCGUACAGGGGGAGCUGCAGUGGGCCGAGGAGCUGCGGGACAAGUACUUGCAGGAGAUGGAGGACCUGAGGCUGAAGCACCGCGCGCUGCAGAAGGACUGUGAUCUGUACAAGCACCGCAUGGCCACUGUCCUGGCCCAGCUGGAGGAGGUGGAGAAGGAGCGCGACCAGGCCAUCCAGAGCCGUGACCGGAUCCAGCUGCAGUACUCACAGAGCCUCAUCGAGAAGGACCAGUACCGCAAGCAGGUGCGGGGCCUGGAGGCCGAGCGCGACGAGCUGCUGACCGCGCUUACCAGCCUGGAGGGUGCCAAGGCCCUGCUGGAGGCGCAGCUGCAGCGGGUCCAGGGGGGCUCCUGCCUCAAGGCUUGUGCCUCUUCCCAUUCCCUGUGCUCCAACCUGAGCAGUACCUGGAGCCUCAGCGAGUUCCCCCCGCUGCUGGGAGGCCCGGAAGCAGCUGGGGAAGCAGCCGCCACGGGGGGAUCUGAGCCCCACACCUCGGAGGAGGCCACAGAUAGCGAGAAGGAGAUCAAUCGGCUCUCCAUCCUGCCCUUUCCCCCGAGCGCCGGUUCCAUCCUCCGCCGGCAGCGUGAGGAGGACCCCGCACCCCCUAAGAGCUCCUGCCUCCCCUGCCCUCCUCCCCCCAGGUCCUUCAGCAGUAUGUCGGACAUCACAGGGAGUGUGACGCUUAAGCCCUGGUCUCCUGGUCUCUCCUCGUCCUCGUCCUCUGAUAGCGUGUGGCCUUUUGGGAAGUCGGAUGGCCUCCUGGCCAGAGGCUGUGGCCUGGAUCUCCUCAACAGGUCUCUGGCCAUCCGAGUGUCUUGCCGGAGCCCCCCGGGGGGGCCUGAGCCCCAGGACAAGGGACCAGACGGCCUGUCAUUCCUUGGGGACAGCUGGUCUGGGGCCGUGGUGCGGAGGGUGCUCUCUGGACCAGGGUCUGCCAGGGGGGAGCCGAGAGAGCCAAGGGCAGAGGCUGGUGGCCUGGAGGGGGCAGGCCUGGAAGGUGAGGCCCAGCAGAGAACCUUGCUCUGGAGCCAGGCGUCCACACUCCCCUUCCUGAUGGACUUCAAGGCCUGUCAGUCCUUCCACGAGGCCCUAGAUGCCUGGACAAAGGGGCUGAGCACUGAGCCCUUCUAUAUUCGAGCCAACCUCACCCUGCCCGAGCGUGCAGACCCUCAUGCCCUGUGUGUGAAAGCCCAGGAGAUCCUGCGGCUGGUGGACCCGGCAUACAAGCGGCGGCAGGAGUGGUUCUGCACACGGGUUGACCCCCUUACGCUGCGGGACCUGGACCGGGGCACUGUGCCCAAUUACCAGAGAGCCCAGCAGCUCCUAGAAGUUCAGGAGAAAGGGCUGCUCUCCAGCCGGCACCGAGGGCCCCGAAGUAACCUGAAGAAGCGAGCCCUGGACCAACUCCGGCUGGUGAAGCCCAAGCACGUGGGAGGUUCUGCCGGAGAUUGUCCGGAGCAGCUGCUGAUGGAACCCUGCUCAGAGCCAGAGCGGAGCCUCAAACCCUACAGCCUGGUGCGGCCGCUGCUGGUGUCCGCCCUGCGGCCUGUGGUGCUCUUGCCUGAGUGCCUGGCACCCCGGCUCAUCCGCAACCUGCUAGACCUGCCCAGCUCCCGGCUGGACUUCCAAGUGUGCCCGGCGGAAAGCCUCUCUGGGGAGGAACAGUGCUCGUCCUCAGCACCGGGAGCCCCCAAGGCCCAGCCUGCCGCCCCUGGGCUGGGCAGCAGGAUCCGCACCAUCCAGGAGUCUGUCGGGAAGAAGCACUGCCUGUUGGAGCUGGGCGCACGGGGCGUGCGGGAGCUGGUCCAGCACGAGAUCUACCCCAUUGUCAUCCACGUGGAGGUGACGGAGAAGAACGUCCGGGACGUCAGGGGUCUGCUGGGCCGGCCAGGCACCCGGGACUCGGAGCUGCUUCGGCAGUGCCGCAGCUCGGAGCAGGCGCUCUGGGAGCUGCCCUGCUCCUGGGUGCGGGUGCCGGCCCACGCGUGGGGCCACUCGGAGGAGCUAGCCAAGGUGGUGCGCGGCCGCAUCCUGCAGGAGCAGGCCCGCCUCGUGUGGGUGGAGCAGGGCAGCGGCAGCAGCAUCGGUGGGAGCAGCGAGGCCUGAGGGGCCCCUCCGGACGCCUGCUGCCUCCUGGCCCGCUUCAGAAGCCGUCGGCGGCGGGGACCCCGGUGUCCGCGGUGGAGCUGGGGCCCCGGCCCAUCCCGAGCCCUCCUAGACCCUCGGACCCUCGCACGUGGGCUCUCACCCGAGUGGAUCUGUGGGAGCCCUCAAGGCGGAGCCCCCCCCCCCCCAUACUCGCUGCUCUGGGCCUCCCGAGUGCCCCCGUGUCCCCGCGAUUCCACUCGCGGGCCCCACGCGCGGGCCCGCGUCCUCAGCCUAUCGCUCACCCGGAGCUUCCGAGCUCUCACUCCUUCGCACAGGUUUACACGCCCAGGUUCUCAACGGCAGGCACCUGAGGACUCCUGGGUUCUCAGCCAGUUCUGCUCAAGGAGCCCCGAGCUCGUCCCGCGUGCCCCCACCCGCCGCCGGCCCCCCGCCCCUCUCGCCUUUCUGCUGUGUACUUCCACAUGUGGGCGCCGCGGUGUCCCCGGCCCUCCGUGCCCCUCGCGUCUUCCCGUCACACGUGUGUCUGUGGUUCUCUCCCGUGUAAAUGCCCCACCCCACCCCGUGACACUUGGGCACCGACACUCCUGUGUUCCUGGGGAGCACACCGAGGACCGUGUUCUCACAGCGCCAGCUCCCUGCGGUGACUCACCUCUCAGGGGCACGGGUGGGGAGGAGGGCCGCUGCUCCGUCACCAGAAUGUACGGCUCGUUGAGU